AUGUCGACGCCGUCGAGUGGCAACACGAUGCCGCGUCGGAGUGCGAACUCUCGCCGUCGAGGUGGUCAGCGCCAGCGCCACGCUAACGCCGCCGCUGGCGCCGAGGACGACACGGAAGAAGUCCGCACCCUGCGUGCCACGUAUCCAACGCAACUCGCCAUGCUCUCCGAACUCUUCCCCACAUGGACCGACGAAGAUCUCUUAUUCGUCAUCCUCGAAAGUAACGGGGAAGUCGAAAUCGCGGUCGGCCGGAUCAGUGAAGGCCAUGCCGAGCAGUUCUCGUCCGUCAAGUCCAAAAAGACACAGCGCAAGGAAGCAGCCGCCCACUCGGCCGCCGCCCUCGCCAGCUCCCAAGCCACGGAAUCCACCACACCUGCCGCCGCACCCGCAUCCACACUCACGCAGGCCGCCCCUCCCAGCACCUCACAAACCGCCUCGGCUGCCGCGCCCACGGACGGCUCGCGCCGCUCGACCCGUGGCGGAGAGCGCGCUUCCCGUGGCCGCGGUGCGCCCGCUGCUCGCGCAGGUCGCGGUGGCUUCCGUGGCGUGGCUCGCGGUGGCGCGGCCUCGGCUUCCGCUCCCUCCGCCCAGAGUCAAGCCAUGCCCGUGACAACGACGCCGGCGGCCUUCAGCCACAAGCCCAAGCCCACCGAGACCAAGCCCCGCACAACCACCAUGAGCUGGGCACAGAUCGCGCGUCCCCAGGAGCCGCCCAAACCUUCACUCGAACACGAGGCGGCACCCGUGGAGACGCCCGCGCCCCAGCACGAUACAGACACGGCUCCCGCUGUGGCACCCCCCACCACGGAGACCAUCCCCGUGACCCAGACAAGCGCGUCAGCGCCUGCCGAAACACCCCUCCCUGCUGCCGUGUCGACACGUCCCGCUCGUGCACAGCGCCCGCGCCAGGAUGCAGCGGUGGUCAUGCCGGAUGGAGCAUCCUUGGACCAACUGGAUGUCAAGUUUGGCACCCUCACCUUUAUGGCGAACGAUGGCGCCGAAGCAGCCGAACCGAGCCUCGGCUCCACCGGCUCAGCGGCUGGCUUGAACGUGGACACCAAGCAAGACCCUACCCCCGUGCACGAAUUUGAUGGAUUCAAAAGCAGCGGCUUUGGUGUGAAUGGUGCGUACGGCCUCGCCGGCACGCGGCCUGUGAACCAGGACUCAUCCGCUACGCCUGCUGCCGAGGAGGCGAGUGGUACACUGUCGUACGGCAGCGGCACGCCCGGCCAGGCCUAUGCCUCGUCGAUCUACGGCUUCGACUCGAACCAGCGCUCGUCGCACCCCUACGCGACAGGCCUGCGUGCCACGACCGACGAGCGUGCCUCGCAGCCCGCCGCUCCUACGGGGCCCGCUGGCCCCGUAGCCGGUGGCUACGACGUGGGUGUGAUGCCAUACGUGCAGCAGCCACAGGGCCCACCUCAGCUCCCGCAGCACCAGACGCAGACCCAGCAGCAGUCGCAGCAACAACCGCAGGCCCAGCAGCCUUUCCCGAACGUGAUGCCAUACUACUAUCCUUACUACAUGCCGAACCAGUUCCAACACUUUUCGCCUGCGGCCGGCUUUGGCCAGUACCCGCUGUACGGUGCGCAGCCACAGCCGCCGUCGAAGCUCGAUGUACCCGCGCCAAGCCUUGCGGCGUACACACAGCACGACCCUAUGGGCACACCUUACAGUACUCACACCCCGCCGCAGCCAUACCAGGCCGCUCCCAGCGUCUCGAUGCCGACGUACGAGUCGCAGGGCUUCUCCCAGCGGCUGGGGGGUAGUGGUAGUGCCAGCGCGAACGCGGACUUUAAGCUGCAGGGCGGCUCGGCUACCUCGGAUGCCAACCAUUCGCUUCCAGGUCUGAGUUUCUUGGGUGGUGGCGUGCCACAGGGUGCGCCUGCCGCGCCCGUCCGUGCCGGUUCGACAUCGUCUGUGCCAGCCACGUCGACCCCUCUGGACUAUCGCGCGUUUGACGCGACCAACUCGCCUGCCACGCGCUCCGCGGCUGCCUCUGGCUCCUCGGCCGCGGCGACGCCCAGCGUAGGUGCUACGACGGGCAUGCCACCGCCACCACCGCAGGGCAUGCCGAGCCACCAGGCGGCCGCACCGAUGGCUCAGCAGCACCCAGCAUACUACCAACACUAUGCGGCCGGACUCGGCCAUGCCAACGCGUACGAUGGCUACCACCAGUAUGGUCGCCAGCCGUAUUGGGUCUAG